AUGAGUCGUACGCGGAGACCGAUCAGAUUAAAACCUGUCGUUCAGGUGGUAAUAGCCUUGUUGGGGCUGUUCUCCCUUCUCAACUUAUUUGCCAAAUACCCCCACGUCCAGAGUAAUAAUGCACUCCCCACGGUUGGUAAAGUCAUGAUGAUUUAUGGCGACAAUCCUGUCUACCGUCGCGCAGUCGAGACACACCGGGACCACUGUGACAGAUUGGGCUAUCCACUCUUCCUCCUGCAGACAGAGAUUCUGGAUGGAGUAUGGAAUAAGCUGGCCUACCUUUCCUCUCUCAUCGUUCAGGAGCUGGAAAAGCCAGAGAAAGAACGACUCGAAUGGUUAUUCUGGAUUGACAGUGACUCCAUCCUCAUGAACCCGAAUAUGCGAUUGGAGACUUUCCUCCCUCCUGCCCAUCUAUCCGACGUCCAUAUUGUCCUCACAAAAGACUGGAACGGGAUGAACGCAGGCGUCUUCCCCAUCCGCGUGCAUCCAUGGUCUAUUAAGCUUCUCUCGGCAGCAAUUGCCCUCCCGAUCCUGAAACCUGGCAUCAAACUCUUCUGGGAAGAGCAGUCUGCCCUGGUUAGUGUGCUCGAGAAGGAGUAUUUUGCCCAGUCGGCCGUCUAUGUUCCACUGCGCUGGUUCAAUGCGUACAUGCGUUCGGCCGACGGAGAGAGCUUAAACCCUGACUCGGUGGAAGACCUGCAGGUGCAUCCGGGUGACCUGCUUGUUCACUUUCCUGGGACUCCAAGGGAUCGUUUCAAUGAGACUUUAAGCCCGUACCUGGCCAUUGCGGAGCAGCAUCGCAGUGACUGGGAACUCCCGGUAGAGGAGACCGUCUAUCCAGCUGAAACUGCAGACUUCUGGCGGAAGUAUGCUCUGGAGAGGGGGAUCGAGUCGCCGAUUAUAGAAUAUAUAGAGGAACCGCUGUAUGAAUGA